GGGGAGUGAGUGGGGUAAGUGAAAGGGGAUUUGCUUUCGAAACUGAUUAUUAGGGGAAGGCGUUUGAUUUCUUUCCAAAAUUUCUCUUCCUUCAUUGAAUUCCGAUUGACUCUCCUGCACAGAAUUAAAGAUUUGGCACCAACAAAUCAGUUAAGUUCUUGGAAAUUUCAGGCCUUGCUAUAUAGAGAGAGAGAGGGUAAUAGAAAUUUUUAGAAAGGAAAUUUAUUUAUUUUAUUUCGAAGUGGGUGGCGACGUGAGGUAUCUUCUAGUGGGAGCGAUCACCCCCAAAAGAAAAAGUGGGGAGGAGAGAGAGGGAUGAAGGUAUUAAGAGCCACAAGGGAAGAAGAAAAGGAAGGAAGGUAAAAACCGAGAAAGAAAAAUAAAGGGAGAGAUUAGAGGAAAAAAAGGAGAACGUGAUGGUCAAGAAGGAGAGAGAGAGAGAGGCAGACGGGUGAGGUAAAAGAAAGAGAGAGAGAGUGGAGGAAGAGGGACUUGAAAGGGAGCUGAACAGGUCACUGAAUCAGCUUGCAUGGAAGCUCAAGGCUGUGCGGCUGGCCCGGAGAAGCCUGCAGAAACCGGAAUCAAGCUGAAGAUCAAGAUGGGGAGCAGGGACCCAGCCGAAGGCGAGGACGGCUCGCUGCCGGAGUCGGAGACAGUUUCCGGGUACAGCACCGGCGACGACGCCUGCGUCCGGUAUGCUUGCAAGGUUUGUAACAGGUCCUUCAGCUCGGGCAGAGCCCUGGGUGCUCACAUGAGAGUUCACAGUGGCACCGCCACUGAACGGUGUCCUCCCACGGCAUGCGCCAAAGGCGACGACGUCACCACCGCCACGAAGACCAGCGUCUCCGCUGCCCACCGCCAAAAUCGGCAGCCCAACCGCCGCCACCAUCACAUCGAGGAGGAGAACAUGGCCACUGAAGGUUCAGCUGAAGCUCAGUCGGUUCUCAAGAGGAAGCCCAGCAGCACCUGCGUCCUCUGCAAGAAGCGGUUUCCGUCCAUGAAAUCAUUGUUUGGUCAUAUGAGGUGCCACCCAGAUAGGGACUGGAGGGGAAUUCAGCCACCUGAGAAGCUCCAGAGCUCCCCUUCUUCCACCGUUUCCGAGUCCGAACCAAACUCUCCGGCAUUACUGCCGGAGAAACCAAUCGGAAUGGCGUCGUGGCCGGUCACCGUCAGGAGGCGGAAGAGGAGUGUGGCAGAAGCUGGGAUGCGAGAUGAGUUUGAUGGUACGGGGGUUGAUGAUCCCGUCUACCAUGCCGCCUAUGACCUAUUGUUGCUCAAGAACUCAACUAAUCCCGGUGGCUCUGAUUUGUCGGCGAGUCAGGACGGAGAUGCAGAGUAUGACGAAGACGGACCUGACGGCAGAGCUUCGAAGAGGAGGAGAAAGAAGAAGAAGAUCAGAGCUCUUAUGGAUCCCUCUGGGAAGUACCGAUGCACUACCUGCCACAAGUCGUUCUCCUCCCACCAAGCUCUUGGGGGCCACAGAACCAGCCAUAAGAAUAUCAAAGAGGAGCUACCCAAUGGAGAAACUGCAGAAAAGGAGGUCGCUGAACCUCUUCCUGCGCACCCAUGGCCGGAAUUCGAUGAUGACGAGGUGCCGACUCACCAGUGUCAGAUCUGUUUCAAGUCUUUCCCAUCUGGGCAGGCGCUGGGUGGGCACAAGAGGUGCCAUUGGAUCGAAGACAGGGCCGCCGCGGCCAUCAUGUUGGAAGCAGCCGAGAGCUCGUCCAUAGCAACCACCACCAGUGAGGAGCAGAAGAGGAGCUCGAUUGUGCCUGGUUUCGACCUCAAUGAGGUGGCGCCACUCGAGGACGCUGAUCUUGAUUCUCUUUACAGUAUGGUCGAUGUGGUUCCUGCUGCUGCGAAGCUGCUCGGUAUUGAGGGAUCGACUCACUGCUACCUGUCUGAUUCAUGAUCCAUCUGCUUGACGUUUUCAAGUGUUUCUGGUGCGCAAUUCCGCUGAUUAUGAAUAAUCGGGAGCUGGGGAGCUCAGAUUUUUUGGUGCCUGGCGUCAUUCUUCGACCUGGAGGACGGCAAUUUUGGUGUGCCCAGAAACUACUUGAGCUAAGAGCAGGAGAAAACAGAGCAAGCCUUGAUGUUUGCCUCACUGAUUUUCUUUUUCCUAUAGGCUGUGUAGUUUUUUCCCCCUUUUUCUUGCUUUCUCAGCAGCAGCAGCAGCUGAAGCUGGGAUGAAGAAACAUAACCAUUUGUUCUGGUUUUUUUUUUUUGUUUUUUUGAUCCUGAAGAUAGUGUGAUCACCUCCUUACUGUACAGUUUAUUAGCUUUUAUACUUGUUCCCGGGAGUUGCAGCUUUUAUUCGUAAAUAUUGUUAAUUUUCAAAUUUAAUUU